AUGGCAAGCAUGUUGGGCGGUAUGGGUGAUGCCAUGAAGGAGCAGGCCAAGAAGAAGAUCGAGGACGAGAUGGCCGAGAAAGCACCUGCCUCCAUCAAGCCCUUCUUUCCUUGCUGCGGCGGACCAGUUGGAACCACCGAGAAGUGCAUUUGCAUGGUGCCCGCAGAUCAGCAGGAGCAGGUGAAGUCGGCCAUCGAGAAGUUGCAAGAAGUUUCAAUGCAGACGUCUCCUCGCCCAGCUCUCAGCUUCGACGAGCAGAACCUGUGGACGGCCAUCCCUGAGUCGCCCAAGAAGCGCCAGAAAGUUGGCACAGCCGAGUCCUCGAAAGAGAACCAGGCUCUGGUGGCCUCGGAGCCAGCCCAGGAUGCACUGGUGGCGCGAGGGGGCGGUCGUGGCCUCAAGGCUGUGCAGAAUGCCCGGGAACAGUCGUCCACAAAAUCAGGCCCUGAUGGCACCACUGAGACCAAGAAGUCCGUGAAGGAGCAAAGGCUGUUUCGAGCGCACAACAACGCCCACGUGGAAACCAAGGUGAUGUCUGAGCAGAAGCGGAAGACCACCAAGAAGGAUGGUACUGUGGUCAUCACGGAGAGUAAGAGCAUCAGAAAGGUGCCGCCCUCAAGAGCGCCCAAGAGUUGCACAAACGAAAGAAGGGUUUGCGAAAUUUGA